AUGAAAACUCCGUUCAUCCUCUCGCUGGCUCUUUUGGCAAACCUGAGCCUCGUUUCUGCCCAGACAACCGUCAAAGGCAAGGCGUUCGACCGCAUAGCUAUAAUAUGGCUUGAAAAUACAGACUACGAUCUCGCAGCCGGCGACCCAAGCCUGGCAUGGCUGGCGAAAAAGGGCAUCAGUCUGACGAAUUACUUCGCCGUCACACAUCCUUCCAUGCCCAACUACGCAGCCGCGAUAUCCGGUGAUUACUACGGCAUCAACCACGACGACAUGGUCGCCAUUCCUUCUAACGUCUCCACCCUGGUUGAUUUACUGGAGGCCAAAGGAAUCAGCUGGGGUGAGUACCAGGAGGACAUGCCAUCUGUCGGCUUCCAGGGAAAAUCAUAUCCAAACCCAAAAACUGGAGCGAACAUGUACGUGAGGAAACACAACCCAGCCGUGUUAUACGAUUCAGUAGCGCAAAAAGCGGACCGGCUGGCCAAGACAAAGCCAUUGACCAUGUUCAAAUCGGACCUGGAAAACAACAAAUUACCGCAGUGGAUGUUCAUCACACCCAACAUGACUAGCGAUGGCCACGACUCCACCGUCACAGUCGCCGGAACCUGGACCCGAAAAUUCCUCGAACCCCUACUAACCAACAAAACUUUCAUGAACAACACCCUCGUCCUCGUUACCUUCGACGAAAACCACACGUACGGCAAGCAGAACCGCGUCGUGGGCAUCUUACUCGGAGACGCCGUGCCCGCCAGCCUCGUCGGCACAAGCGACAACACGUAUUACAACCACUACAGUGAGAUUUCCACCGUACAGGCAAACUGGGGUCUCGACACCCUGGGCCGCUGGGACGUAGGCGCCAACGUGUUCAAGUUUGUAGCUGAGAAGACGGGGGAUGCAGUGCGAGCGUGGUCUGGCAAGGUGCCGCUAAGUAACAUGUACUUCAAUGCUUCGUAUGCGGGCAAGCUGAACAACAAGAACGCGUCUGUGCCGUGGCCAGUGCCGAAUACGGAUGCCGUGUAUGCGGGGAGAAACGUGUUGCCGGCGAUUGCGGAUGUGUGGGGGAAGCAGGUUGGUCGAUCUGCGUAUACGACUGCGUUGGAGAUUCCGGAUGGGAUGCAUCCUGAGGCUGAGUUUAAGUAG